AUGGCGAUGGAAAUUAUCACUUUGUUUGUGAAUAGGGUGAUGAAUGCUGGUCUCUAUGAGGGGAUUAAGAUUCCUAAUGAUGGCCCUAUGCUAUCACAUUUAUGUUAUGCAGAUGACGUCCUAUUUUUAGGCCGUUGGUCGGUUCAGAACGCGGUCACUUUGAGUCGCCUCCUUCGGUGGUUGAACUUGGUUACGGGCCUAAAAGUUAAUUUUCAAAAAAGCAAAUUGUACGGGUUUGGGGUUGAUGAAGAAGAAAAACUGCGGCUGGCUAGUGUGUUAAAAUGUGAAGUUGGAAAGCUCCUGUUCUCCUAUCUUGGAAUCCCUAUAGGCGUAAAUAUGAAAAGAUCGAAGUAUUGGGAUCUGGUGAUCAAUAAAUUCUCUGCAAAAUUAUCCAAGUGGAAGGCUAAGUUUCUGUCUCUUGCAGGUAGAGUCACCUUGGCCAAAUUGGUUCUAGGUAGUCUUCCCUCGUAUUUUCUGUCUCUUUUCGUUGCCCCGAAGUGCGUGAUUAAUAAAUUGGAGAAGAUCCGAAGAGAUUUUGUUUGGGGAUUUUCCGGUUCGAUAAAAAAGAUGAGAUGGGUUCGUUGGGAAGGGAUUGUGAAUUCUAAAAGAAAAGGUGGGUUAGGAGUAGGGAGUAUAAGAGAUUUCAAUAUAGCGAUGUUGACUAAAUGGUGGUGGAGAUAUAAUUCGAAUCCGAAUCAGUUAUGGACUAAAGUUUUUUGUUCGAUCCACAAGAAUAAUUCUAAUCUAUUGAUCCCUUUGAAAAAAACAAUCCUGGGGGUGUGGAAUGACAUUGGCAAAAUGGAUAAGGUUUUAGACAAGGCUGGCCUUAGCCUUAUUCAGAACUUAGUAGUGGAAAAUGGGGUUUGGAAGUGGCGUUCAUCUGCUGAAGUGGGGUUCUCGGUUAAGCAGGUGCGGUUGGACCUAGAAAGUUGUCGAGUGGCGAACCCGGCGGUCGAUCCAGCCCUUGUUUGGAAUAGCUGGGCUCCGGCAAAAGGUAACAUCCUUCUGUGGCGGGCUCUCCUCGGCCGUAUAGCUUCUAAGGAAGAGUUAGUAAAGUAUGUUAAAGAUUGCCCGGGAAGUGCCACUUGGAAGCGGUUAGUUUCUACGGUUGUUAUCGCUACGGUUUGGAGAAUUUGGAGCGCUAGAAACUCCAAAGUGUUUGAGGACAUCUUCAUCCCCAUCAUGAAGACUGUAGAAUUCAUCAAAGAAGACGCUUUUCUUUGGGUCAGUAAUAGAGCGAAGAAUAUGAAGCCUACAUGGGAGAAAUGGGUGUUGUUUGAUGUAGUUGAUCUGAUGUAA